AAGAUGUAAUUGGACUUUCGAUGUUUUGUUACAUAUUUUGUGAUUAUCUUGAUUGACAGAACCAAGGUUCACCAUGUCUGGAAGAAAGCGGAUGUUUACGGAUAUUCUUGAGGAUCCGUGUAGCCAGUCCGUCGUUGAAGAUGAUGUCACCUUUGUCGGCGCAAAGAAGAAUCUGCUGGAGACAUUUGACAAAAAUGAACUCCUGCAUCUGGCAGAACACAUGAAAGUUUACCUGCGGAUCAGACCUUUUUUCCAAGCAGAUUUCGACAGAAAUGAUAACCAGAACUGCUUUAAGAUUGAGAACGAGUACACAUUAAUCACCUCUGCACCAAAAGACUCGCACACCUAUCGAAACUUUGCCCAUGGAUUGGGAAAAACAUCACACAAGUUCACAUUCUCCAAAAUAUUCCCACAAGAAACCACUCAGAAACUAUUGUUUGACACAUCUAUGCUUGGACUUGUGCAGAAUUUUAUUGAAGGACAGAACUGUCUGGUGUUUACUUAUGGUAUUACGAGUUCAGGAAAAACAUACACGAUACAAGGUAAGCCACGGGAUGCUGGCGUCUUACCUCGUACGCUGGAUGUUCUCUUCAACAGCAUUGACAACAAGCAGUGCAGUGUGAUCAAUCACAAACCCAUGAUGUUCAUGGACGUGAGUAAACUGACCGCAUCCCAGGUGCAAGACGAGAAGAAGAUCAAGGAACAAGUUCUCAAGAUGUGUACAGAAGAUGACCAUGACGUGAUGACACUUUUAGGUGAAGAUGCCUCAGAUAUGUCUGUGAUUAAUUCGACAACGUGUUCCGAGUCGUCCAACAUUUCCAGUGCGGUCAAAGAGUCUGUUGAUAGUACGAGUGAUUUAUUCAUGGAUCUGGAGAACCGUGUCCGCGAAGAGACGGCCGUCAGUGUGACAGACCAGGGUCAGAUUCGAUUCUCGGUGUGGGUCAGCUUUGCUGAAAUAUACAACGAGCAGAUAUUUGACCUGCUGGAACCCAUUCCGAAGAAGAAGAACGCCAGGAGACCGAUCCUGGGCCUGCGAGAUGACAAGAAUGGCAGUCCGUACAUCAAGGGUUUAAAAGAGAUUUGUGUAACAAAUGCUGAUGAAGCUUACAAGUUGCUGACUGUAGGACAGAAGAAUUUAAAAAUGGCUUGCACCAAACUCAACCACAAUUCCUCACGAAGUCACUGCAUAUUCAACAUCAAGAUCAUCCGUGUGAGUGACUGCCACAAUCCUCAUUUUGCCCGAGUGAGCAUGCUUUCUCUGUGUGACUUGGCCGGUUCAGAGCGAAGUUCGAAAACACAUGCAACAGGAGAUCGGCUGAAGGAAGCAGGGAACAUCAACACAUCAUUAAUGACUCUGGGACGGUGCAUCGACAUUCUUCGACACAACCAGAUGCAUAAAGAACAUCCAAAGAUUGUUCCAUUUCGAGAGAGCAAACUGACGAGACUCUUUCAGAAUUUCUUCUGUGGCCGAGGCAAGGCGGCCAUGAUUGUCAAUGUAAACCAGUGUGGCAGCAUGUUUGAUGAAACUCUCAACGUUUUGAAGUUCUCUGCUAUUGCCAAACAGGUUGUGGUCGUUCAGAAGCCUGAUCCGAAGCCAAAAGUGGUACCGAAACCCAGUGUAAAGGAAUACCCGGCAAUUCGUCCAUCCAUUCCUUGGGAGGCCCCAACCCCCCGCACUAUGAGAAAGAUGAACAGUGAUCUACAGAUGGGCCAGAAUGUUCUGCUCCCCGAUGAUGACAGCGAUCUCGAGGAGACUGACCAGGAAAUACAAGAUCUACUUGCUACAAUCAGAGAUCUCGAGAAUAAGUUGUUAGAGGAGAAACACAGCAAGUUUCGACUUGAGGCGAGAGUUCGCCAGGAGGUGUGUGAGGAGAUGAUGAAGCAGAUAGUUGAGAUAGAAGACGAAUGCAGUGAGCGAAUUCGUGAGAAGGAGAUGGAGAAAGAAGAAAUGCGUGUUAAACUGUUCAUGUCAUCUGUUCACCAGCGUAAGCGGCGCCGGAAAGACGACGAUGACGAUGAUGACGAGAUGGUUUCCUCCAUGCUGCUUCACGCAGAGCAAGUGAAAGUCGAGGAAUGCAACAAGAAACUUGAUGAACUUCAGUCGCAGAUUGUGAGACUGAACAAAGACGUUGAGACGUUAACACAGGAGAAAACCUCGCUCCAGUUUCAGCUGGCCGAUGUCAAGCGGACAUCACACAAGCAUGUGACCUCUGAUUCGGCCAUAGAUAGUGACCUGGUGAAAGAACUUAAAGAGCAGCUAAACAAGGCACUGGAGGAGAACAGUGUGAUCAAUAACACUCUUCUGGAGCAGGAAUCUAAGAUAAAGGACUUGACGGAGAUGCUGGAGGAGGCGGCGGAGACGUUUGAGGAGAAGGAGGAGGAGAUAGCCAAACUGAAGGCCGCCAGUCAGGACGAUGAGGAAAGACUGCAGCAACAGGCGGACGCCCUGCGUGAAUUGCGCACUGGUUUGGCAAACAGCAACGAGGCCCUGGAAGAGAGCAAGACUCGCCUUGGUAACAAGAACGAGAGACUGGCCCAGCUCGAGAACCAAGUGCUGGUCAAACAAGGUACAUCUGGCUGCACCAACCCGGGGCCGGCUCUCAAGUGCGUGCACACGCCGGCCAGCCGGCACACCGAUAUCUCACACUUAGAUGUCCUGCCAGCCUCUCCCACCCCACACUCUAAACACCUCCUGCCGGAAUACUACGUUAAGCGGACGGAGCAAAAUAGGGUUCUUAGGGUAGUGGUAACCCCGUUGCAAAUGUUUGCCAAACACACUAAGACCAGUCUGAUGAGAAUGAGGAGUCCGCUGAAAAGGGGGGAUACGGUUAAGGAUUGCAAGCGCAAGCUAGACAACGGGAAGGAAAACUCCCCCUUCACGCAAAAAACGUGUCGGCUUGGCGACACUGGCAAAGAAGAGGAGGAGAAAGGUGGCAAAAAGUCUAAAGAUGAGGUAGAUGAACUGCAGAGACAGCUGGAUCAUCUGGAGCAUGACAAUGUUGCCAGGAAGUCGCUGGAGCUUGACGGCUUUAUUGAGAAGAAAGAGCGACGAAUUGGGGAGCUGGACAAGAUCAUCGCUUCCAAGGACCUGGAGCUGGAAGAGGUGAAGCUGAAGCUGAAGAAGGAGGAAGAAGAGUCGGCGAAGCGUGACCAAGCUCUUAUCCAUGGCUACACGGCUGAAAUCAACUCGCACAAGUCGCAGCUGGUCACGCUCAAAAGUAAAAUGGUCGGGCUCGAGAACAAGCUUCGUAAGGAAGAGAGCAUCAGGGAGGAUUUGAACAAACAGAUCCGUGCUCUCAAGGCCGAGCUUGAUAAGACCGGUUUGGCAUCUGCCGUGCACGAGCACUCGACGCAAAUCUCCAAAUCCACUCUGAAUGAUCUUGAGAAGCGAUUGGAGGCAGAGUGUACCAGUCACUGCGAGACGAGGACGGAGUUGUCGGAGAUGAGCAAGGUCAGUUCAGAGAGGCUGGAAGAGUUGACAGUGAUGACACAGAAACAUCAGGAGCUAGAAACGCGGGUCAAAGAGCUAGGAAGCAGUCUUUCUUCUAAAAAUGAAAAGCUGGUCGAAGCCGACUUCAAACUGGAAGAACUGAAGGCAAAACUUGAAUAUUUUGAAGAGGAGAACAAGAUCUUGAAGUCGGAGAUGGAAAAUCUGAUGAAGCAGGUCGUUGAGAAGCAAAACCAGUUAGACAGUGAUAAAGAAGACUUCGAGAGAACCAUGUCCAAGUUGAAAUCAGAACUGACUGAAAAGGAUUCAAAAAUUGAACAGAUGGAAAAGAGAGUGGAAGAGCUUGUUGUGGUGAACACAGAGCUUCGAGGAAUGAUCAGCCAAACCACGGAUGUUCUGAACAGUAAGGAUGCCGACAUGAAGGACCAGCACCAGAAGCUACUUGCACAGCACCAAGAUCUUGAGGGUCAGUUUAAGGACAAAAGUGACAAGUUGCAUCGGACUGAAUUGGAAGUGCACGAACUGAAAUCGAGUCUGACAUCAAAACAGAUGGAAUGUGAGUCACUGUCCAUGAAGCUGCUGGUGGUGAAAGAGAAACUGUCCUCCGAGGAAGCGGAAAUCCAUAACAGAUUUACUCAACAGCUAAAAGAGAUGGAUGAUCAAUUUAAAGCCACCAUCAAAGACCUGCAGGACAAGCUGAUCUCAAAAGAGAAAGAAUUCAGUCAGCAGAUGACUCUGAAAGAAAAGGAAGUGAAGGAGAUCGAGUUAAAACUCGUCACUAGAGAAGAGGAACUCCACAAUGCUUUCAAUCAGCAGCAGAAUCAACUCGGCAACCUUCUGACUCAGAAGAAUAAGGAGUUUGACGAAAAACUGGCCGACUAUGACAGAAUUGUUAAGGAUCUUGAAGGGAUAAAACAGGAGACGGCGAAUAUUGAAAAGAAGUGGCUAGCUGCUUCACAAGAAGUCAAACACAUGCAGACAUUGUUGGAGGAAGAUAAAUUUGAACGUGUUGCCGUUAAAUCAGAGUUGGAGAACAAGGUAAAGCAGUGUGAAGACUUGGAAGUGGAGUUGUCGAAGGCCAACCAUGUUAUUGAGGCACUGAAGACAAAGGAGAUUUCUUUUGAUGGCCAGAUCGGCGAGAUGAAGUCCAGGCUUGAGGAGAAAACGUCUGAGAAUUCUGACUUGGCCCGCAAGUGUUGCGAGCUGAAGGUUGAGCUUCAACAGUUGCAGACGGAUCUUGUCAAGCAGGAACAAGAUCUUUCCCAGAAGAGUCAGACGUCUAUUUCUAGCAAAGAAAAGCAGUGUAUGGAUCUGGAAGACAGCAGAAAGCAGCUUCAAGACGAACUGGCAGAAAAGAAGGCUACCAUCGAGAAGAUCGUCAAGGAAAAGGAAAAGCACGUAGACAUGUUCAGGGAGAGCGAAAAACUACUGCAGACGUUUAAGGACAAGAUGGAGAGUGUCCAGGAAUCCUUGCUCAAGUCGAAGGAUGAUUCUGAACGAAGGAUUCUCCGUUUGCAGGAUGAACUGUCUUCAAAGGAACGCGAGUUGGAGAAUGUCCACCAGACUCUGAACACGAUGAAGAGCAAGUUAAGUGAUGGAGAUGCCCACGUGCAGCAGCUGAACAGUGCAGUCUUAGAGAUCGCAGAACUCCGGUCGGCACUGCACAUGGAGGAGACCCUGCACAACAAGUACAAACAGGAGACGACAACUCUGGAGGAAAAACUCGAACACGAAGUGAAUGAAAGUGAAGCUAGACGCAUUAAACUGGAGACACUUUUGAAUGAGAAAACACUGCUUCUCGAUGAGCUGACGACGUCGAAAGAACAGUUUACGGCGUUGAAAGAACAGUUUACAAGUGCUGAGAAUGAGUGGAGAGAAAUGGAGAGAAAGUUGAAUGAAGAAAACAAAAUACUUAGGCAAAGGCUGAAUGACGACCGCGAACAUAUUCAGCAAAAGAUGAGUGAUGAAUGUCGCGUUCUUCAGCAGAGACUGAAUGACGAACGCGAGGUGCUGGAGAACAUGAGGAAUGAGAUCGGUCGACUGAAAACCGACUUCGUCUCCAUGAAGGAAGACAAGAUGAAGGCUGUGUCCUCGCUACAGAUGGAGCUGGACAGAGUGAAUGAAGAUCUUCUGUUGGCAAAGCAGACGUCAGACUCAUACAGAUCUGAUCUGGAGAGACUGAAAGACACGGAGAAGUCACAGUGUAGUUCGGUUUCAUCCGGUGCUCAAGAGGGUCGGUUAUCGGAGCUUACAUCCGAGCUGGAGAUUGAGAAAAAGCGAAACGCUGAACUAGAGCGGAUGGUGGAGUCGUACCGCUGUGAGGAGGUGGACAUGCUGCCCGGCAGUAGUCGGAGACUGCGUAAAGAGAAGAUCGAGAUCGAGUUGAAGCUGAUGAAUGUGCAGCAUGAGCUUGAACUUCUGAAGUCCAAACUUGAAAGUCGAACAGCGAGUGAGAAGAAAUCUGGUCUGUGCAGUUCGUCAUCGGCCAGUGAGAAACAGCUACAGGAAAGAUUAGCAGAACUGGAGCAUCGGCUUGCAGCGAAGCAGAGUGAAGUUAACAGCCAAUGUGAGGAGCUGGCAGCCAGUCGGAAAAGAGUGCUCUCCCUUGAGGAGGAAGUACAAUCAGUGAGAGCAAGUGCCAAGGACAGGGAAUUGUCUGAGAUCUCCAGACCGACCACACCGAGUGCGCUUUCCUCGUCAGAUUCCUUGAUCAAUGAUGAACUACAGAAGAGUCAGAACCGCGAGAGUAAGCUAAGCCAGCAGCUGAAGCAGGCGAGCGGCAAGUUGAUGGAGAACAUGGAUAAAAUCACCGAGCUCGAAGAAAGUCUGUCUGCGAAGGAGCUGACCAUUCUAGAGUUGAACGACAGACUCAAAACUCUGCUGGCUGAGAAAGAGUCAGCAUCACGUGAACUGGAUGAAGAGAUGAGGGGGCUACAAGAGGAACUUAAACGUAAGAGUGAAAGGUUAGAGGUGAAGAGUUCAAAGGUCAAGGAUCUCGAACGCACGCUCGAGUCGGAGAGGGAGAGAUUUGAACUUGCCUUGAAAGACGCUAAGGCUAAUGAAAAUCUAAUGGAGACCCUGAAAACAUUUAUAAAUGAACAAGAGGAAACCAUGCAAACCCAGGAUGCUGUUCUGAAAGCACGGGAUGAAGAGGUUCAGUCUCUGCAAGAAGAAAAGAGUAAACAAGUUGAUCGACAGAGUGGUGCGCUCGCUUCGCUCAAAGAAAAGCUCAAGGAAAAAUCGUUUGAGGUAGUGAAGCUGGAGAAGCAGAAGGCAGACGUAGAAAAACAGCUGUCCUUGAUUAAGGGACACCUGUCUGAAAAAGAUGAAGAAUUGCAGGAAAAAUCGUUUGAGGUAGUGAAGCUGGAGAAGCAGAAGGCAGACGUAGAAAAACAGCUGUCCUUGAUUAAGGGACACCUGUCUGAAAAAGAUAAAGAAUUACAGGAAAAAUCGUUUGAGGUAGUGAAGCUGGAGAAGCAGAAGGCAGACGUAGAAAAACAGCUGUCCUUGAUUAAGGGACACCUGUCUGAAAAAGAUAAAGAAAUACAGGAAAAAUCGUUUGAGGUAGUGAAGGUGGAGAAGCAGAAGGCAGACGUAGAAAAACAGAUGUCCUUGAUUAAAGGACACCUGUCUAAAAAAGAUGAAGAAACACAGGAGAAAUCGUUUGAGGUAUUGAAGGUGGAGAAGCAGAUGGCAGACAUAGAAAAACAGCUGUCCUCGAUGAAGGGACACCUGUCUAAAAAAGAUGAAGAAAUGAAGGAGAAAUCGUUUGAGGUACUGAAGUUGCAGAAGCAGAAGACAGAUGUAGAAAAACAGCUGUCCUUGAUUAAGGGACACCUGUCUGAAAAAGAUGAAGAAAUGCAGAGUUGGCGACAGAACCGAGAUGAACUUGUUGGCAAACUGGAAACCUUGCUGAAGAGCCAGGCUGUGGAAAUUAAAGAACUCAAGAAAAAGGUACACCACCUGAGAGACGAGAGGCAAGCGCUGCAGAGACAGACGGAAAUCAGCCUGAAGGCGAGCGAGGCGAUCAUCUGCGACUUGAAGACUUCCAACAGUCAGCUUCAAGAACAGGUGGCCAAGCUGCAGGGUAUUCCACCUGCCCCAGUGUUUGUGAAUGAUGAAAUUGACACGAUGGGACACAUAAACAUCAAUGCAACUCCACCGAGCGCUGUCAAAGGUCUGAAGAAAUCUCUCAGGAAAAGAUGUCACCAGCUAGAAGGUCAAACAGAGCAGAUCGAGGAUAGUACAGAGAGAAGGCCGAAGCGAAAGGCGGCCAGUAUCGCCAAGGGAAAAAUAAUGAAUAUCAUUUCAAGCAACUCUCCUAUCACAAGAUCAGCAGACUUUCUGAAACCGAGAAAGAGCAAAAACAGCUCAGAAAAGAACAUUGAUGUAGAUAGUAUUUUUGCAGCUGCUCAAAACAAUGAAACUCCCGAGUUGCCAAAGAAGGGAAGUAAAAAACGGCAGCUCUACAAAGAAAAGAUCUCUGCACCCUUUGACUGUGCUCCAUUUAUGCCCAGCUUGCCCGAAACCCCCGAAACAGUGGAUGUGCACGAAGUGGUUCAUCGGCAGCUGCGAGGACGAGGCAAAGCGAAAUGUCCUAAUACCGCCGUCUGAGAUACACCGACUUUGUCAUAAUUCUUAUUCAUAAAUCCAUCUUGUGCUUUGAUUAUAGGACUGAACCCUCCCUGCCCAACCAGUGACCCACGACUGGUGUAGGAUCGAAUCCCCACUGAACCAAUUCUAAAUGGGUUUUUCCCUGCCCAACCAGUGCCCCAUGACUGGUAAAGAUUAAACACUCUCUGUGAACCCAUUCUAAAUGGGUUUUUCCCUGCCCAGCCAGUGCCCCAUGACUGGUAAAGAUUAAACACUCUGUGAACCCAUUCUAAAUGGGUUUUCAUGCCCAACCAGUACCCCACGACUGGUGUAGGAUCUAACAGCCUCUGUGGAUCUAUUCUAAAUGGGUUUUUCCCUGCCCAACCAGUGCCCCACGACUUGUGUAGGAUCUAACAGCCUCUGUGGAUCUAUUCUAAAUGGGUUUUUCCCUGCCCAACGAGUGCCCCACGACUUGUGUAGGAUCAAACACUGUGGAUCUAUUCUAGGGGUGUGUGUAUCCUGCCCAACCAGUGACCCACGACUGGUAUAUCAAAGGCUGUGGUAUGUGCUGUCCUGUCUGUGGGGGGGAAAAUGUAUAUAAAAGAUCCCUUGCUACUAAUGGAAGAAUGUAGUGGGUUUUCUCUAAGAUUACAUGUCAGAAUUAUCAGAUGUUUGAUAUCCAAUAGCCGGUUAAUAAAUCAACAUGCUCUAGUGGUGGUGUUAAACAAAAGUGACUUUUUUAAUCAGAUUGAUUAAAUCGACCAAUGCUUUAUUGGGAACAAGUAUUUUGGAAAGCAUCACACUUUAAAGUCAAAUUUAUGUAGCAGUGCUUUGAUUGGUUCGUUCGAAUCUGGGGGCAUUAUGUAGUCCAGUGGUAAAGCACUUAUCUGACGUGCAGUCAGUCUAGGAUUGACUCCCAUCGGUGGGCCAAUUAGGUUAUUUCUUGUUCCAGCCAGUGCUGCACAACUGGUGUAACAAAGGUCAUGGUAUGUACUAUCCUGUUUGUAGAAUAAAAUAUCCCGAUAUGGUAAUUAAAAAAGAAUAGCCAUUUGCGUGGCAGCAGCAGGUUUUGUCUAUCCUUAUCUGUGUGGUCUAUAACCAAAUGUUCAAUGAAAUGUGUAGAGUGCAUCGUUAAAUAAAACAUUCCUUCCUUCAUUCAAAGUCAUCUGAACAUGUGAUAUCAUUGGCUGUGUUAGAUCAACUGGGUGGAGACAAGAAGUCGGAGUGGCUAGUAAGGUUCGACCCCGUGCUUUUAAAAAAUUAUGUCUAGACUUCGCAAGGGCUGAUUCAAGGGAGGGGACCAGUGUCACCCCUAAAAAAAAUUAAGUGCUCCCUUUUUGAAUAAUUUAUUUACAAGUUAUAUUGAAGUGCCAUUUUCAAGGAGUUGGUCCAUGUGCACUUCACUUCUUCCUUUAAUAUUUGCUGGAUCCACCCUUACAAUGCUUUAACAAACACACGCCCAUAUAAAUAACAUCAAGUUUAAGUCUGGAGACUUGAUUCAUUCUAGAGUUUAUUAUAAAAGUUUAUCAACACUGGCUAAAGUUUACAAAACCUGGGUGGAUGUGAAUGAGAAAUAAAUACUUGUAUUUAAAACAUUUAAUCAGGCAUGACAAUCUUCCGCGGAUCCGCAGAUUUGAAAGCCAUUUAGGUCGUUUCUUUGGCCGUGUACUGUCCACUUUGCGCACAGUUCGCAAAGCUUUCCGCUGAUUUUUAUCAAGGGUCAUUGUCAUACCUGUACUAUGUAAAUGUAUUACAUCGAUAAACCUGCACUGGAAAUCACGUAUAUGGAAAAUGGGCCUUAGUUGAGAAUGGUUGUUCAGGGUAAGGGAGUUAACAUGUCAAGAAAGUUGAUAUUGGUACUAUACUGCCUAACUGUGGAUCAUUGUUGUGUUAUUGAAAUAUAAAAUACAUAUACAUGAACCAAAAACAGUGAUAUGAAUAAAUAGACAUAUCAGGAUGUAAACUGGAUAAAUGUGUCAUAACCUACAGGUUAUCAAGCCCAUAAUUUAUGGCAACCUGUACACGUGUUACCACAUUCUAUCAGUGUUUCUACCAGAGGGUAAAACGGGUAUGGCGCCAUACCCAAAUUGUUUGUAGAUUUUUUUUGGAUUUUUUAUGGUUAACCUUUUGACAAAAUUAAUUACUCUUGCCAUUACUGUAUGAUUUUUUUAACCCUAACCCUAAACUUAACUCAUUUUCUUUCUAGAGGAGGCCCCGUUUAUUGUGAUUGCAUUCAAUUCCAUUGUGUAAUACCCCAAAAUUUCUUUCCGACAGAAACAGUCUAUGCUUAUUUUGUCUCAUUCCAACUAAUGCACCAAAGUAUAUUAAAAGCUGUGGUAUGUGCUAUCCUGUCUGGAAUGGUGCAUAAAAAAGAUUUCUUGCUACUAAUGGGAAAAAUGUAGCGGGUUUCUUCUGUAAGACUGCAUAAAUUUUGUUUAUUGCUACUAAUGGGGAAAAAUGUAGCGGGUUUCUUCUGUAAGACUAUGUCAGAAUUACAUGUGGUCAUUAACACUAUCGAUGAUCACUACCAUCAUGAUUAAAUUUUGAACUUUUGUAUUAUGUAACCAAGAUGUUAAAGAGAUCAAUAAUUUCAGUUAAAGAGACCGUUGUCCUUACUAUGCUGCCUGUGUAACACGUUUCUCUGAAUAACGAAUCCUUUCUAGUGACAAUGCGUGAAACCUUAAUGGUAUAUACGCACAUUAAAAAAUAUCUGCUCUAAUGACUAAAAUUUUAAAAUUAAUUCUUCUUUAGAAUACCAGUGUCUGUAUAUCAAAUGAGUGUUUGCUCCUUCUAGUCUUUGUAAUUAACCAAAACUGGAUUUUACUUUUGAAGUAAAUUCGUACACAGAGGAAAAUAAUGUUUAUUAUCCAUGUGGUUCAACAUAACCGAGUUAAUAAUAAUCAUACGAAGCACACAUGUAAUAACAAGUGUAAUGACAUAACGGCUAGUGAAUUUUGAAAAUCACUUAUCCCAUGGCUAGUGGAUUUUUUAUCAUGGCUAGUGAAUUUAAAAAAUCACUUAUCCCAUGACUUAGGGAUUUUUAAUAAUGGCUAGUGAAUGUUAAAAAUCACUUAUCCCAUGACUUAGGGAUUUUUAAUAAAGGCUAGUGAAUUUUAAAAAUCACUUAUCCUAUGGCUAGUGGAUUUUUUAUCACGGCUAGUGAAUUUCGAUAAUCACUGUUCCCAUGACUAGUGGAUUUUUAAAUCAUUUAUCACAUGACUAGUAGAUUUUUAAUAAAGGCUAGUGGAUUUUUAAAUCAUUUAUCACAUGACUAGUGGAUUUUUAAUCACAGCUAAUGAAUUUUGAAAAUCACUUACCCCAUGACUAAUGGAUUUUUAAUCACGGCUAAUGAAUUUUGAAAAUCACUUAUCCCAUGGCUUUAGAUGUUAUGACGUCGCUUCACCAGUCCUAGCUCAGACUGUGCACUUGAAAUAUGACGUCAUUUCGUCAUCUCCUUCCAGUUGUGGCCGAAACAUUUUGUGUUGGGUCUUGUUAUUCAUAAAGAGAACAACAACAAUAAUAUGCAUAAUAAAAAUAUUAUUACACUCUCAUGCGAGUUGUACUGAUUUUACGAAACUCGUGUCAGGAUUCAUGUAUUACCCUCACUCUUUGCUCGGGCAAUACAACAAUCCUGACACUCGUUUCGUAAAAUCAGUACGACACACAAGCUGGUAUAAUAAUCUCUAUUGAUUAGGCAAUAAAAUGAAGUCUGAGCUACAACAAGCAUUAGGACGAUUCAAUGCUGAAAUUAAAAACGUUUGUGUUCUUUCUAUAUGAACUUAUUUAUUUUAAAACAUUCGCCGAUGGUGUCCAAAUUUCCAGUGUCUAAUAAAUAUUUAUUUUCUAAAAUUAAAGAUUUGUGUAAAUUUGAUUCACCGUCACAUUUGUUUGUCUGUGCUACUCCGAUCUUACUAUAUAUUCCAAUUUUCAAAGUACCCAUUCACCUUUCCAUCAUUAAACCUAUUUCUUCUUUUCAACCCUGUGAUAGUAUUUUUUUGUAAGUAUCAUUUGGAUUGCUCAGUGAUUUUUAAUAUUCAUUUUUUGAUGUCUCUAACAUUGUACUGGUAGUUUUGCUUUUCUUUUCUUUUCUUAAAACAGACUCCAUGUGACACUUGUUUUUACCCCUCUCAAUGUUUCUUCAUUGUAACAUGUUUGUAUAUAAGUGUAAAUUAUGUAAAUAAAACAUCUGAUAUA